UUGCCGCAUAUUAACCAAUUACUUUUGUCCCAGCAGAUACUGGCAACAGCUUAUAUCCGUCAUGAGCCUUGGGAAAUGGGAGUGCACAAAAGGAAUGGGGUUGUCUAUCUUGAUGUGCAUAAGCUACCAGAAAGACCGCAAAGUGAUUUAGAUCGUAGGAGAUGUUAUGUAGGAUAUUGUUUUGAAAGCCUCGCCACUGAAGAUCCUAGAAGAGCAGAUGGAGAAGGGAUACAUCAUGUUGAUGCCAAUGUUGAAUUCUGUUCUGUGAUUAAGACAAAAUUAGGAGCUCAACGCAUCUUAAUGGGUGCUGAGAUGGAUUGCUGUGAUUCAACUAAUGACGGAAAGAGAUUCUAUGUGGAGUUGAAGACUAGUUGUGAGUUGAAUUAUCAUACUGAGGAAAGAUUUGAGAGAGAAAAACUGCUGAAGUUUUGGAUCCAGUCAUUUCUGGCGGGUGUUCCAUAUAUUGUCAUAGGAUUUAGGGACGAUGCAGGUCGUCUUGUUCGGACAGAAAGACUUAGAACCAAAGAUAUAACUCAGAGAGUAAAAAUGAAGAACUACUGGCAGGGAGGAGUCUGCUUGGCUUUUGCAGAUGAGGUAUUAAGCUGGCUCUAUGGAACAGUAAAAGAAGGUGAAGAUUACAUUUUGAAGUUUGCUCCACCUUUCAACCGUCUGGAGCUUCUGCAAGCCCAGUCCUGCCCAGAUGUAAUUGCAAGUCAUUUGGAGCUGUUGUGAAAAUUUUGAGACCUUAGCUGUUAUCUUUUAAACAAUCCGGUACGCGAAGUAAGGGGAAUCAAGUCUGGUGUUUUCCCGGCAACUUUGAUCAUUUCACGAACCUUUUUAGUAUAUAGGGUUACCCUCUGUGAGUGCUGACAAUUGCAUUCACAAUUUUAUAGAAUUUUGCUGAAAUAUUGUGUAUGGCCUUGCUUAGUUAGAAUAUAGUUUUUCAUUUUACUGUUCUC